AUGCCCACCGCUAUCGAUAAAACGGGUGGGUCGAAGAAGCGAAAGAACACCAAGGAAAAUGGCGUUCCAUCCUCCAAACGUCGCGCUGUCGCAGAAAAUGAGAGCACAGAGUCAAUGGCCAGGAUUUUGGAGUUGGAAGAACAAAUAUCGGAAUCGAGAAAACACUACAACAACAUCGUGACGCUGAUAUCGAUGCUCAGCAAGGAUGGGUCAGGAAUUAACCCGGAUUUGGCGGUGGCCGUGUCGCUUUGUCGAGUCUUCAGCAGACUUAUUGCUGGUGGGAAUUUGACCGAGGCCAAUCAUGCAGCAGAGAACGAGAGAAUUGUCGUCGCUUGGCUGAGAGAACGGUGUCGGGAGUACCAGAGACUGCUGGUCUCUAUCAUGCGCGAGAGCGAUGCUUCAUCACAGGUCACUGCGUUGACCCUCGCAAUGCGCCUCCUCAACGAACGUGCUACGCAUAUUCCAGGAGAUGAUAACCAGGCUUGGACCUCUGGACUGUUUCCAAACAUCUUUGAAGCCGUCAUUGAGGCAAGAGACGGACAGGCGCUGCGGUCAGAGUUCCUCGAAAAGCUCGUGAAGCCGUACGAGGAUGUAACCUACCAUACGUUCAUGCAAGUCGCUGCGUACGCAUCGUCAGCACGCAGCACAGAAAUCCUAGAAAUCCUCGUCACACUCCUUUCCGCCUGCGACUCCGUCCCAAGCGCAGACCAUGAAUUCGAGAACUUCUACAGCAAGACCAGCACACAAAACAAGAAGCUGCUCUCCGUCACCUCCCACAAAAAGCGCGCCCAAGACGCCUGGCUCGCCAUCCUCCGAAACAACCUUUCGCAGCCGCUCCGCAAAACGCUCCUCCGCAUAAUGGUCCACCACAUCGAGCCCUGGUUCGCCCGCCCAGAACUCCUCAUGGACUUCCUCACAGACUCCUACAACGUCGGCGGUGCAACAUCCCUCCUUGCCCUCUCCGGCCUUUUCUACCUCAUCCAAGAAAAGAACCUCGACUACCCGCAAUUCUACCCCAAACUCUACUCCCUCCUUGACGCCGACCUCCUCCACUCAAAACAUCGCUCCCGCUUCUUCCGCCUCCUAAACACCUUCCUCGCAUCCACUCAUCUCCCCGCAACUCUCGUCGCGAGCUUCAUCAAACGUCUCUCCCGCCUCGCCCUCAAUGCUCCCCCUUCCGCGAUCGUUGCCAUUGUUCCUUUCAUCUACAACCUCUUCAAAGAACACCCUACAUGCACCUUUAUGCUCCACCGCGUCAUCCGGGACGAGGAGACGAAAGCCGAAAUUGAGGCAGAGGGCAUGGAAGAUCCCUUCGAUCCUGAAGAACCAGAUCCAGAGCACACCGGCGCCAUUGAUAGUAGUUUAUGGGAAAUCGUGAGCCUGCAGUCGCAUUACCACCCCAAUGUGGCAUCCAUUGCACGGAUUAUCUCAGAGCAGUUCACGAAGCAGAGUUAUAAUCUUGAGGAUUUCCUGGACUAUACCUAUCAAGGUAUGGUGCAAGCCGAAUUGGGCACGGGCGAGAAGCCGUUGAAAAAGAUUCCAGUUGUGGAAUAUCAAAUACCAAAGCGUAUAUUUACUGAUCGGAUGCUGGAAGAGGAUGGUGGUGUUGAUACGGCUCCUGGUAGUCUAUUAAGAGCCUUAUGGGAUUUCUCCUAA